UGACUCUCUAGGUUCACUCAUCACACACACACAUUCAUUCUGUCUCUCUCUCUGUCUUUCUCUAUCCCUCCCUCUCCUUGUCUCAGUCUUUCUGUCUCAUGCUCAGACAGACAUGCCCAUUCUUUCAGUUGCUCAGACACACAGCCACUGACACAGGAACACAUACUAGAGGGGAAGGCAUCCACCAGUCCUCUCAUUCUUCCUCACUCUUCACUCCUCUCGUCUCGCUGUGUUUUUCUUCUUGGAAGCUGGCUGUUCCGUCCCUGCUCUGCUCUACCUCCAGCCCUGCUUCAGGAGGCUCAGAUUGCUGCGUCAGGAAUCGGCAGCAGCCAGCGCACUGAGCAGAGAAGCCCAGUUUGUUGAGAGACAGUCCCCUGUUGUCCUGGUGAGAGAGAGACCCCUUGGCACACUGGCCAUACCCCCACCCUCCCGUCUCCAUGUAUCCUGAAUCUACCACAGACUCACCUGCCCGCCUCUCACGACAGACUGGCUCGCCGGGAAUGAUCUACAACGCACGCUAUGGGAGCCCUAAACGACAGCUGCAGUUCUACAGAAACCUUGGGAAGUCUGGCCUGAGGGUGUCCUGCCUUGGACUAGGAACAUGGGUGACGUUUGGUGGACAGAUAACAGACGAGAUGGCCGAGCAGCUUGUGUGCCUGGCCUACGAGAACGGCAUCAAUCUGUUUGACACAGCAGAGGUCUACGCUGCAGGGAAGGCUGAGGUGGUGCUGGGGAACGUCAUAAAGAAGAAAGGAUGGAGACGUUCCAGUUUGGUGAUCACAACCAAGAUCUUCUGGGGCGGAAAAGCAGAGACUGAGAGAGGCUUGUCCCGAAAACACAUUAUAGAAGGUUUAAAGGCCUCACUGGAGAGACUGCAGCUAGAGUAUGUGGACGUGGUGUUUGCAAACAGACCGGACCCCAACACUCCCAUGGAAGAGACGGUGCGGGCGAUGACCCAUGUGAUCAACCAGGGCAUGGCCAUGUACUGGGGCACGUCCCGUUGGAGCCCCAUGGAGAUCAUGGAGGCGUACUCUGUGGCGCGGCAGUUCAACCAGAUCCCUCCCAUCUGUGAGCAGGCUGAGUAUCACAUGUUCCAGAGGGAGAAGGUAGAGGUGCAGCUGCCAGAGCUCUUCCAUAAGAUAGGUGUGGGGGCGAUGACAUGGUCACCACUGGCCUGUGGGAUCAUCUCAGGGAAAUACGACAGCGGGGUACCACCUUACUCCCGCGCUUCUCUUAAGGGCUACCAGUGGUUGAAGGACAAGAUCUUGAGCGAGGAGGGCCGGCGUCAGCAGGCGAAGUUGAAAGAGCUGCAGGCAAUCGCAGAGCGGCUGGGCUGCACUCUGCCCCAGCUCGCCAUCGCGUGGUGUCUACGGAACGAGGGGGUGAGCUCCGUACUCUUGGGGGCAUCCAACACCGACCAGCUGAUGGAGAAUAUAGCAGCAAUACAGGUUCUUCCCAAACUAUCCUCCUCAAUCACACACGAGGUAGAUAGCAUCCUGGGGAACAAGCCGUACAGUAAAAAGGACUACCGUUCCUAACUCACCACCACGCCAGCCAGCAGGGCUGCUCCAGGGCUGCUCCAGGGCUGCUCCAGGGCUGCUCCAGGGCUGCUCCAGGGCUGCAGCACAGCGCCAUGCCCCACCUUUGCCUGAUCCUCCGUUUGCUUGAGCUUUUACUGAAUUAGACCCCGGCGCAUGAGUCUGACCCUGCCUCAGCCACCCUGGGGAGCAUCAUGUAGACUUCCAGAGAAAAGGAUGAAGAAAUAAAGAGAGAUGGUCACAUCUGCAGGGAAGGAAGGACAGAUAGAAGAAAGAUGUAUUUUUAAAACUGAAAAAAAAAUAUGUUUAUAAAAAACAUGCUUGCUUGGCAGCCAGAUAUUUCUUUUUUUUGCAUUUGUUUCUCUAAAUACUGAAUGCAUACCAAUGGAUUUAAGUUUAUACAAAUAUACAACAAAAACUCUGUUGCACAUGUAUGCCACACAUUCGUUUUUUUGGAGUUCUGUUUAAUAUGUACGUCACAGUUUCUCUGAAACAGCUGUUAGUUUGUGUAGUCUACAUAUUAUCAGUGUACCAGCCUCCUCGCAGGCAGAACAAUCAGCACUUUACUAUUGUACAGUUCAGUCAUUGAGAGGUUGUAGAAUAUGUGAGAGGAUGAAAUAACUCAACUAUACCACACACGGUGAGUCAUUGCACUGUAGGAUCUCCUCCCCUGUUUCAGUUUCCUACCUGUUCCCCUUCGUCAGUCUGGUCUCCACAGUGCUGGUUCAUAACAGACUGUUAUUUGACAAUAGUCCCUGGCCAACGGAAACACUAGUUGGUUUAAGUGGCAGCCCUUCCUGCCCAAUAGGAGUGAAAGCUCAGGGAUCGGAACAGUAUUUAAUGUCCAUGUCUUUCUUUCAUGUGUGGACACCUAAUGGGGACCUGUCCACUGUCAAACCAGGGACAUUUUCACGUGGCUUUGAGCCAAAGAUAUUCUAACAUCUUUCAACGCCACAUCUAAGUGGGUGUGGCUUGUUGGAAGAGUAUAGCAACCGUCUUAAAGCCUAUACUAUCCAGCUUAUUACCUAUUGACUCUCUUCACGUGUACAGUAUAAUCACUUGAUCAUGCUGUUCUAUGCUUAUACCCACAUACACAGUACACAUUAAUUGUACACUCCUCUAUUUAGGGAAUGAUACAUUGAUUUUCAGAAGGCAGAUGAUAAUCUAUACAUUUUCAAUAAUCAUAUAAAUUGCACCCUGAAGACAUCUGCCGCUGCCCUCAUAUUCACUCUCUAGCUGUUAGGUCCUCUCUUACUGUGAGACAAAGCGCAAAGUGGAUAGCAUGUGAUACGUCCUCCAUGCAUGAGCCUUCGUCCAACAGCCUCUGGGGAUUAAGCAAAGUCAUGGUCACAAGAGUAAACUAACACGUGUAAAUAUAUUGAAUACUCACUCCUCUUUCGUAACUCAUUCUCUGGUUCAACACGUUCAGUUUUCUAGUACUGUAGGUCAAGGUCACGCGUUCAGUAAAAACGUGCAGUAUCUUUUUUUACAAUCAGGGUCAAGUCUUAAUGCUAUGUAUGUUUUUGUAGGGUU